AUGCCGAGGGAGGACGUGACUAUCGAUCACUAUGCGGCUCUCGAAGUCUCGACUACUGCUACUUCUGAUGAAAUCAAGAAACAAUUUCGGAAACUUGCUCUGAAAUAUCACCCCGAUCGGAACCCCGGCCGUGAGACCGAAUUUAACGCGAAGUUUCAGCAGAUCCAAGCAGCCCACGAGCUUUUAACAGAUCCCGGGAGAAGAAAGCUGUAUGAUCGGUCACGAUUGCACUAUAACAGCAACAACAAACCCAGGCCAGACCGAUAUGAUGUAUCUACCCCCUCAAGUGAAUCUCCCGCCUCCUCUAGGAAAUACCCCAGUGCCACACAUAGAUCUGCAUAUGCUACGAGCGCUCGGCCCAGUGAAGCACAUUUCUCUGCUAAAUCACAGUGGGACUACGCCUCCCGUACAUACACGCCAGGUGGAGCCUCUGCGUGGAAGGCAGCACAGGAGCGGUGGCAGCAACGCAGCUCCCGUGAGAUGCCCCGCACCCCCAAAAAAACCAGGGAAAAUCCGUAUGUUAGUGUGGAUCCUGAGCCACCUUCCGCAGGUGAAUCUGCCUACAGGUUUUAUAAAGACGAUGGAGCGGGGCUUUCUGGCGGGAAAACCCCAAUCAGACAUGGCUUCUUUGGCGAUCGAAAUCCGCGUGAAAAGGAGUGGAUGGACCCAAAUUCGGAACACAAGCCUGGAGGCAACUAUAAUCGACGAAGCGGUGGCAUAUGGGAAACAAAAUCAUCGUCGGAAGAAGAUGCGCCCCGCCAAUCCACAUUCUAUGCAUUUACUCCACGAACCCACUUAAGAACGAAUCUUCGGGACACCAGCCCGGAUAGAACAGGUUCACAUGGGAACAGCCAUCAAAACGGGGGCUAUUCGGCGAAACCAAAAACAGCAAGCCCGUCCGAUCCGUCAGUAUCGCCACAACGUUCGGGAGUUUUCACACGGCCUCAAACAACGCGAGAUUCAAAAGAGCACGGCGAUCAGACAACAUCUAAUCAAGACCGACGGAAGAGUAACUCUUCAGUAGGCUUAGAAGGCACCGAGAGAAGGAAGUUUUCUUAUCUUUUUAACGAAGAUGGGCUACGGAAACCCCAUCGCACAACAAAGCAAACAGCAGGUAGCGAUAAUGACGAAGAGGAUUCUUUCUCAAAACCUCGCAAUACUCCAUUACGACAAUCAUACCCAUCCUCUCGACGUAACACCUUAGAUCGAGAGACCCCUGCUUCGAAAGGGUUGGGAGAGUCUCGAAAUAAUUAUGGGCCUAAAAACCCGGACCGCCAACGCUUCAACGGGCAUUCAUAUGGGAAGUCUGAGGAUUCUUACACCCCGCUAAAUUCUUUCAAAUCGUUCGAAACAAAUGCGUCUUCUCCGAUCAGCUUCCCUGGCAGCCCUUCCAAGGAAGAACCUAGGCCCAAAUCAUUUUCCCCUGCAGACUGGAACACCGUCUUCAGUGGUAAUGAGAAUAUCUUUGCCCCCCCGCCUCGAAAGGGGCCGCAAAGCCCGCGCAAAGGCCCAACAAUACCCAAUAUCCAAACCAACUUCGGGACUGGCGAGGGUCUAAAUUUUUCCCGACCACGCCCCACAUCUACGUCGGAGGAAUCAUCCAAUGUAUCCAAAGACACAGGUGUAGGUGAAUCAUCGCCUCAAGGAGACUCACCAACAUCCCACGAAGAUGUGGUUGGCGAUCGCGACCCUGAUACAUUCCCCAAAAACGCAUUUGUUUUCGAGGAAUGGCAGAAGGCGUUCUCCGAGACGAAUCCUUUCGAUAUAAACCCAUCUCACCAGAAUACAUCCGGUUCUACUGCCCGAUCGGCCUCCAAACACCGCAAAACAGCCACUACUAAACGAAGUGCAGGAUCUUUUACAACCCAGAAGGCUCCCACUACGGACAAUUGUCAUAAUCACGCUAGUAGUUCUGCAUCAAUAACACCUACGGAAAGAAACUCACACCCACCGCAGAGUGAAGAACCAUCGGUACAGAAGGAUGCCGACUUAGAUGCUAACACUAGUAUCCCUUCUCCUGUUGCGAUGGACAUUGACACUCCGCAAAAGAGUCCUAUUACUAUCCCCACAGCCCCAGUUACUCCCAUACGUCAAAACCCUUCGAUCCUGAAAACCCCGCCAGUAGAUCGCAGCCCUGUCGUCUCUGAAGCCGACCCAGUAUCUCCCAUCAGAACGGAUGGUGUUCCGAUUUCCCCAUUAAGAUCUGAUGAGGUCCCACAACGAGAAUAUGACGCUACCGAGUCAUCAUCACAAAAUAUCCCUAAGGAUGCCCCUCCUUUACGUUCAACCGUGGGAGAGAUUCCUAAAGAACCGGUCUUUCCGAACCUGGGGGGUCUUCGUAAUGUCGAGCCGUUAUCAUAUGCUUCCGCAAAUGGUUUGAAUAGUCAUUGGCACAACAUGCGAGAUAACCUACCUUUCGAAUCUAAGGCGGCCUCAUUUGUACGACUAUCACCAGCGCCAGAGCUCUCGAAGAAGGCCUUGAACCUGCCCAAAGCUCCCGAAGCCCCUACGACACCUAAUGAUAUUUCACUAACGUCGUACGAUAAAUACUGUGCUCAAAUGACGGUAUAUCAAGCUCAUUGGAACGAAUAUAAUGGGAAAAUCGUCAAUCAUCUGAGGGCCCGGCUCGAUGCGGAUAUUCUCCAGUGUGCUCAAAAUAAAGGGUUUGCAACUGGGACUAGCACUGAUCCAGAAACUGGUAUAGAGCUUGACUUGAAGCAGACUAUGAAAGCUAUAUUCGAAAUCGACGAAGAUAGGAGGAUCCGAGGCGAGUGGGAGACCGCUAUUGUUGCACACAGAAAAGUACUAGACCAGUGGAAAUCGUUCCUUGAGGGCCUCGGGGCCACUAGGUUCCCAUAG